AAUGGUGUGCGGCCCUGUUCAGCCCAAAUGAGAGAGAAAGGAACGAAAAUGCUGUGAAAGAUUGUUGCAGAGUGACCCAGAUUAUUUUGGAUUUAAUUCGAUAUAUGACUAUGGAUGUGACUCCUCCAGCCUCACAGUGUGAUAGUGCAGUGAAUAAGCAAUAUAGUGCAAUAGAAAUCGAGCUGUACUAUUUGAUGGUCAAGUAUUUAUCUGCAGGACCGUGUAAGAAGGCUUAUGAGGUGCUGAAAGCUGAAAUCGAGGAAAAUGAGUUACUUCCUAAAAGACACGAUUGGUUGGGAAAUGAGAAAAAGAAAACGUUUUCAGAAGUGGAUUGUCAGAAUAGCCAUGUCCGAAAAGACCAUCUGCUGCGUCUGGUGUCACGUUUGGGACCGGCUAUCGACCAGUUGGUGAAGCUUCCUUGGCAGUCAACAUUAUCCCUUUUGGGUGCAGGAUCACAGUCCUUGCUUCGGAGAGAAGACGAUUUGUGGAAAAGGUACCGCACUUUAUCAGAUGUUCUGGUGAGACAUCACAGUUACCCUCCAUUGGAGCCUAUAAAAGUUCGUGGACCGCCAUGUCUUACACAAACACUUUUAGGACGAGAGCUCUUAGGAAAUGUGAACCACAAGCAUGUAGUAACAGAGAAAUUUUACAACAGGAUACAGCUCUUCCUCCGUUCUGUUGGUCAUCUUUCUGCUGUGUAUUGCAUGCUUUUGACCGUUAUGGAAAGUUUAUCCCUACGAUGUUUAAAGGUCUCUGUUCUCUCCAUUGACAGUGUGUCACUUAGGAAAAGCAAAGUUGCAGUUUUAAGCAGUCAUACUGGGGUUAUUACUGCCUUGCAGUUUUGCCCUGCUCCAGAUAAUGAAGGGGUUCUGAUUUCUACGGGUGGAGAUGGUUGCGUUUGUUUUUGGACAUACAUCAGAAGAAGUGAUGACGUCAAGUUUGACUUAAAACCUUUAAAAGUAAAUGAGAGAAUUCGCCCAGGAAAUGCUCAACUUAUAUGUGCAUCAUUUAGUCAUGGAGGAAACUUUUUAGCUGUUGGUGGGGUUGACCAUUUUGUAAGAGUGUAUCAUCUUGGGGGGGAAGAUGGAGUGGAGAAGCUUUUGGAAGCUGAAAGACAUCAGGACCGAGUUGACAGUAUACAGUGGUGUCACAAAGGACUCAGGUUCAUUACCGGAAGUCGUGAUGGUACAGCUCUGGUUUGGUAUUAUGAAAGACAGGGGUGGCAGAAUAUCAUUUUAAACAUGACAGAAAGAUUUCCUGGGGAUGACCCUCCAUCUGAAGAAAUUCGUCGACUGCAGGUAACGAUGGUUGGUUGGAACAGGACUGAUGAGUUUGUUAUCACUGCCAGUAAUGAUAAGUGGUUGAGAGUUUGGGAAAGUGAUUCAGGUCAGCUGAAACAAAUAUUGAAAGGUCAUGAAGACAAUGCAUAUGUUAUUGAAGCGCAUCCAAGUGAAUCUAGACUUGUCCUCACUGCUGGACAUGAUGGUCAACUGAUGAUAUGGGACAUUUUCACUGGCACUCUGGUCUGGAAUUUCAAGAACACAAUAGAAGGGCAAGGAUAUGGAGCCUUGUUUGAUGCAAAGUGGUCUCCUGAUGGCUUCAUGAUUGCUUCAACUGAUUCACAUGGUCAUUUGAUCUUAUUUGGCAUUGGGCACAAUGAAAAAUUCAAAAGGAUUCCAAAGGAGCUAUUUUUCCACACGGAUUACCGACCACUUAUGAGAGAUUCCAAUCACCAUGUGUUAGAUGAGCAGACACAAAUGGCACCUCACUUGAUGCCCCCACCCUUCCUUGUAAACAUGGAUGGUGAUCCAUAUCCACCUGAAUACCAACGUCUUGUACCAGGCCGUGAGAGUUGUCGCCAUGACCAGUUGAUUCCCAACGUUAUUCUCAAUGCUAAUGGUGAUCAAGAAGUCCUAGAUGCUGCUCUGAACUACAGUGAUCAACCACCAUCCAGUGCCCCACCACCACCACCACCACCACCACCACCACCACCACCACCUCAAGUGGCUUCAAGUUUGCAGGUGCCAGAAAGUGCCCAUGGGACCAGGCCAAAUAUUGAUGAAAUGAUUCAGCGAUUAGCUGAAGAACAGGACCAAAGAAUAGCCCAUGACCGUGUGGAUUCUGGAGGCAUCCAGCCAGGGCCUAGUGGUGUAGGUGAACGCCGUGAAAGCACCAGCAGUUCAAGAGGAGAAAGGAGGCCAAGCUCUAGUGGUCCUCCUAAUGACCAUUCGUAUGCUGUGGCAUCUCUGCAUGAUCCAUUGUCACCUAGAGCAAGUCGUGUUGGUGCUCGAAGGGUUGGGGAUGUUGAAGGUGUAAGGCAGUCAACUGGCAAUUGGCAGAGAGAUCCAAACAUCAAGUGGAGUCGCAGAGUGAUUGUUCGCCGGCAAGAAAACUCCUUCCUUUUACAUUCAUUGGAAAGAAGAAAGAUACUAGGGGAGCUUGAAUUACAGAUAUAUGAUGAAGAGAGUCGCAAAAAACCAGAGCCAGUAAGAGUUCCAGAAGAGCCACAGCAAGAACCUGAACGGAAAACCAGAAAAAAACAGAAGAAAACUCCUGCAUAUGUAACAAGAUCAGUUAGAGACAGUAGAAGAAAUUCUUAUGAUGGGAAUGAGGCUGAAGAUCAUGCCGGAGGUUCACCAAGCCCAAAGACCUCUUCAGGAUCAGAAAUUGAAAAUGAUGAACUUCAAGAAUCCUCAAGUUCUGAUGAACAAUCUACAGACUACUCAGAUUGGACAGCUGAAGCUGGAGUUAAUCUUGAGCCUCCUAAACGUACUGCACACAAGCAGAAGAAAAGCCCACGAAAAAGAAAGCGAAAGAAAAGGGGAUCUGAUUUUGAAGAAAAUGAUAAAGAUGAGGAUGAUGAAGAGGAUGAAAAGUUAGAAGAAAGCAGAAACACUGCCAGAGUUAAUCAACGUGUACAAAGACAGCCAAGAGGACCUAGGCCAAACCUCUCAGAAAUUAGUGGUGGUGCGGAUGAGAUUCCAGAGGAAUUCCGCCCUCCUGAAUGGUUGACAGAGACUUUUCCUAAAAAGGCACCAUAUUUCCCUCAGAUGGGAGAUGAGCUUAUUUACUUCAUGCAAGGCCAUAUGCUUUAUGUAGAAGCCGUUAUGAAUAGGAAAUUGUAUACCAUUGAUAAACGUAAUUUGCCUUGGAUGAGAACUGUAAAUAAACUAAGGGACCAAGAAUAUGUAAAAAUUAUAGGAAUUAAGUAUGAAAUAAAACCACCAAGGUUGUGUUGCCUUAAACUUGGUAUUUUAGAAGCUGGAACGGGUAAGCUUACCUCAGAUUCAUUUACCAUCAAGUACCAUGACAUGCCUGAUGUAUUAGACUUCUUGAUACUUAAGGCAACUUAUGAUGUGGCUGUCAACAGACAUUGGAGAACAGGUGACAGAUUCCGAUGCAUCAUUGAUGAUGCAUGGUGGUUUGGGACAGUGGAAAGACAAGAACCUCAUUUACCAGAGUUUCGCUCCAUGUUCAUGUGCUAUCGUGUUCUUUGGGAUAAUGGUGAACAAGAACGUGCUGAUGUUGUUGAACGAGGCGGAAGUCUUGCUGUGAAACAGGAUGAGUUGGAGGAUUUGCUUUAUACACCAUCUGAUGAAGAGUGGGCUGGUCGGAAUCCUGAUUUGGAGUGUGACCGUAUUUCAUAUGGCCUGUCAAAAAUAAUGAGUUUAGCCAUUGCAGAGCCAUUUCUUGUUCCUGUUGAUCUAAACGAUUAUCCGAUGUAUGCCCUGAUUAUUGACUACCCAAUGGACCUUACAACCAUAAAGAGUAGAUUAGAUAAUCGAUUUUACCGGCGCAUUAAUGCUGUGCAGUUUGACGUUCGAUAUUUAGCCACAAAUACUGAAAAAUUUAAUCAGAAGGGCAGCAACAUAGUACGUCAAGCCAGAAUUGUAACUGAACUCUGUCUGGAACUCAUCAAAGAUGGGAUGUGUACAGACCCGACUCAGAUAUACCAUCAGUUACAAGCCAACUACCAUUCUCCAGAUCAUAGUGGUGAUGAAGGAUAUGAAAGGGGAGAGUCAAGAUUUAAAAACUACGGUAAAAGUGUAAAAGGUCGAAACCUGGGCAAAGUUGACAAGAGGACUUGGCAACAAAUGUGUAAAGACCUUUUAAAGAGCAUAUUUGAAAGAGAAGAUUCCAUGCCUUUUAGGUACCCUGUAGAUUUGGAUAGGUACCCUGACUACAGUCAGGUAAUAGAAGUCCCCAUGGAUUUGACAACUGUUAGAGAAGAAUUAUCAACUUCUGCAUAUGCAACACCAUUAGAGUAUGCAAAGGACAUGAGAUUAAUAUUCUUGAAUUCAAAGAACUACAACACCAAUAAAAGAUCACGAAUAUAUUCCAUGACUCUACGACUGGAAGCUUACUUUGAAGACCAGAUCAAAUCAAUAUUAGCUAAAUACAACCAAGGUAAGCGUGGUCAAGUUAAAACUAACCUCCGAAGCCAGAAAGGAAAGCUUAGCUCUACUUGCGUAAAAGGAGCCACUGGUUCUCCAAUAAGCUCUGGAUUUCGGAGGGGUGUGCAGAAGAGGUUACCGUCACCUGGGUUAUCUUUACCAUCAGCAUCCGGGACCAGGAGUGGAACCGCAGGGAAGCUGGGAGGGACUCGCACGAAACAUGGCCCUACAACUGGAAGCAGUGACUCAAGAAGUGGAGUAUCAACAACAGCCUUUGGACGUGCUGUUGUACCACCAUAUCGGGCUGAUUUUUCCCACUCUGCUUCAUAUGGAGAGGAUGCUAAUGAGUUAGAUUAUGAUGAUGAUGAUGAGGAGGAUGAUGAAGAACAAGACCCUAUCUCAAGUAAGGAUGGAACAAGGAGAUCACGAAGAGUAGCAAAGAAAAACCGCCAUCAAGUAGAUGCUAAUGAUUCUGGGGAAGAGUACAAUCCACGAAAUAAAAAAAAGAAAGUAGCUAAGAAAUCAAAGAAAAAGGGGGUGGCCACUCGAAACAGGGGUAAAGUUAGGGUUCAGUAUAAUGAGGAUUCUGAUGAAGAUGAUGGUACUUCCAAACUAUCCAAAAAAACUCAGAGUAAAACAAAGAUUUCUAGUGAUGAAAGUGAUGACAGUGAAGGAAGCAAUAGUGAUAGUUUGAGGAGAACCAAUGGCCAGAUAUAUACUGGUAAAAACAGAUUACACAGUUCAAGUGAGAGUGAAUCCGAUGAAAGGAGCAAGACUUCUAAUAAUUCAGGUGGUAUGAAUGGCAUCACUUCCAAAAAGCUAGAUAAUUUAUCAAAGAGUAAAAGUAGUGCAGAAAGUGGUGGUAGUGAAAGUGAUACAGGUAGUGACAGUAACUCUGAUUCUUCAAGUUCAAAUGUUGACAUUACAGGCAAGUCAGAAAGAAAUAAAGUUUCUAGUGUUAAAAGACUACCCUUAUCUUCUGAUGAGAGUUGUGAUAGUACAAGAAUUGGGAAGAAGCAUAGUAAAAAUAGCAAUCAACCAUCUAAAGGGAAGUAUGGUCAACGGAAAAUGCCAAAGGAUGAAAGUGAAGUGGAAUUUGAUGAUGAAGAUUUAGAAUCGAGUACUGAAGAUAGUGCUGAUGAUGAAGAUUUAAAACGAGGAAGGAAAAGAGGUGGAGUUGGAUCCAGCGUACGUAGAGCUAGAAAGAUUAUACUGGAUGGUGAUGAUGAUGAUGAUGCCGAUUUCAUAGUCGAUGCAGAUAAAGACUUCAUAGAUGAUGCUGACCUUUCACCAGAGGAAAGUAGCACGGAAUCAGAGAGUGAAGAUGGGAGUGAUGAUUUGACAUUCAAGAAAAAGAAAGAAAAGAAUAAGCCCAAACCAGCAAAGAAAAAGGUUACAAAGAAAAAUACAAAAAAGCCAACAAAGAAAAAUCCACCAAAGAAGAAGCCAGCUACAAAAAAAGUUAAGAAGACAUCUUCUACAGCACCAAACAAAAAUAAACCAUCAGUUAAAAAGACUGCCAUAAAAAAAGCACCUGUAAACAAAAAUGCAGGCCCUUCUACAAAGAGAACCCCCGUGAAAAGAGAGCACAUUCAAGAAUUAAUAUCCCUCACACAGCCUGGACAAGCACCUAUUCCUUUCCAGCCUAUUAAUACAGCUGGACAGAAGGUUAUUGUUAAUGAAGUGAAGCACAAAGGUCGUGUUGUGGGUAGAGUCAUAACAUCUCAGUAUGCAGAUGAUGAUGAUGACGAUGAUGAAACAGAUAGUAGUGAAGACAGUGAAGAAUCAUCAUAUUCAAGUGAUGAUGAGACAACAGGAAAUAUUAUUAACAGUGGCAGGCCAUUACCACCACCUUUGCCGACAAUACAGCUACCAAUUGGGGUGAAACGUAUUUAUGAGUCUGAUUCAGAAAGUGAAAUUGCUGAAGGCUGGCAGGCCCAAAAACGAACUAGAAAUGAGGAAGAAUGUGAUGAAGUAGAUGUGAGCAGUCGUGGAAGAGUUAGGAAAGCAAAUACCCUUAUGAGAGAUUUUAUAUAGUAUUAGGUAUAUAUUGUGUUAGUAAGAUCAUGCAAGAUCUCCCAUAGAUGCUUCUAAAAUAAUACACUGAAUAUUCAAGUGAUAUCUCAGGAUAAGUAACAAAUUUUUUAGCGUUUGUGUAACCAGUGAAAUUUUAAAAAUUGGAUAAUUCUACAGAUUACGAUAAAUACUUUCUGGUUUCUUUGUCCAAGGAGAUGAGUGACAGUCUUGGAUAUUCAGUUCUAAACUGUGAUAUAAAUUGUAAGAACAAAUGCAUGAAGAGAUUGAGAGAACCUUUUUAAUUGAAUUUACAGUAUUUAAUAAUUCAUAGUUAUGUGAAUGUAAAAAGAAACAUGAACUCAGGGUGUCAGCAACCAUUUAUUAUUUUCUCAUUCUUUUCUUAUGCAACAUUCUAAUUAGCAAGCUGAGAUUUAUUGGUACAGUACAUAAAUUUGAAGUUGGUCAAGAUAGGCUACUGGUAAAGACAAAAGCUAGAUGUUCUUUGAUGUCUUAAAACAAAUUUUAAACAUCAUCUGUGAUUUAAAUUAUUUGAUCUCCAUCUGAUUCUCUAAUUUAAAAUAAUUGGUGAGACAGAUAAAUACUACAAAACCAUUUUAGUGUACUCCAGUGAGAAAGCAUGAAAAAAAAAAAAAAUUCCAAACCCCAAGUGAUCCGUUUGCUGUUUUCUAAUACACAAGUUGCAGAUCUGUUAGAUAAGUUUUUUUGUUCUUUUUACUAAAAUCUUUUGGGCCAACCCUAAGUCCUUAAACUUAUUAGUUUUUUAUACAAGUUGUUUCUUUUAGAGCAUUUCAUAGAACAAUUUAUGCACUUAAAAAUAUAUGUCAGAUCAUAAGAAAUAAAGCUGUAUGCAGUAUCAUAUUUCUGCUGUUGAACUUCAUUUAUCUAGAUUUUUUAAUACAAUUUGUGGCUCAGAAAAAUACAAUAUUUUCAUGCUCUCGUACAAAAUGAGUAUCUUAACUAUGGUUUACUAUAGAUCUGCUUCACUAUUAUAAAUAUUCUAAGUAAUAGGUACCAUUUAUUUUAUUGACAUAAGUUUUGAAAGAAGAUACAGAAUUGAGGCUUUUGCAGCUACUUAAAAAGGAGGUACUACAUAGUCAUGUAACAUGGGGUUUGAUGGUCCUUCAAAAUACUACUUGGUAGUAAGUAAUGCACGGACUGUACUUGGUUGUGGUUUUGGUUUUGUCUUCAUUUGAAAGUUUUCCCCGGAGGGUUUUGAAUCAAUUUUACCAUAACCAAAUCAUAAAACUAUUCCUCCCUUCCAUUGGCCCAGUCUACUUUUCACAUCAUACAGUAUUUAAUAUCAGAGCUUUAAAGGUGCUAAGUUCAAUGCAGUAUUUGAUAAAUAUAGAUUAGUAAUAGGUGAAAAUAAACCUGUGUAAUUAAGAUCACCUACAAGUUGGAGGUUUAUCAGAUAAUGUUUUGAGGGCUAUUUUUUUUAACUCAUUUCUUUGUUUUAUAUGUUUGCUGGGCAUAACUUCUGUUUAUAAGUCAGGUUACUGGGUGACAUAGGAUGAGAUUAUGUGGUAAUCAUAGUAUAUAGACUAUUACUUCUGUUGACAUUUUCUGAGGAAAGGUGAAUAUUUUAGGCAUAAAUUUUGUAUUUUUGUAAUUAUUUGUGUAUAAAUGUGGUAGUACUUGGUCUCAAGAGACUAAACAGCAUCGUUUAAAAGUUUAGUAUUUUCAUGUAUUGGUUACAAUUUGACAUUACUUAUUAGAGGUAAUGCAUAUGUAAAUUAAGUUCUUCAUUGAUGCUGCCAUUCAGACCAAAUUGAAAAAUGUACAAUAUAGACAACUGCCAUUUGUUUAUUAUUCAAAUUUAGUCUUUGGUGAAUAUGGUUUUUCUGGAAAAAUAACAUGUAGUAAUUUCUAGUUUUAACUUGGCAUUAGCAUUAUCUUCCGAGUUACAAUGUAUAUUUUCCAACACUUUUUGAUAUUCUUGUCAAGAUUUAAGAAAAAAUAUCAUCUUUACUUUGCUGGUCAAGACGGGUACAUGAAGUCCUGAUUAACCACAUAGCAAUUACCUAUAGGUGGGGAGCCAUCCCUUACUAGAAAGUGCCCAAAACACACAUGUAUAUUCUUACUAGUUUUCAAAGUAAAGGAACAUUACUGUCAUGUAAUUUUCGUCAUUUGGCUUCUGCUUCUCAAAAAAAUCGUUUUUAAUGACGUCUUGUUUGAGAAUUGUCUCAUAAUGAGCUAAGCUAUGGAUUCCUUUAGAUGGAGUGUACUUCAAGUCCUUCACAUUUAUGGGUCACUAUAUAUAUACAUAAACACACCCAUUUAUACUAUUUCAGAAAAAUGUGGAGUAUAGUGCUGGAAAAACACCAUGAAAAGUUCCAAACCAUGUAUAUCUUGUAGACGCUUCCAUUUUCCUACUUUUUGGUGCAACAUCUUCCAACCAGAUGUUGCUGAAACUUCCCAAUAUGUACCAAUUUAUUUUAGGGUACUACUAUUUUUGUCAAAAUGAGGUGCAGUAAUGUUUGACCUUUUUGGUUUUUGUGAUUGGGGCAGAAAGACAAGGAGCAUCAGAUGCACUGUUCUGCAGAGUUUGGCAGAAAGCCACCAAGUUGGCCAUGGCACCUGGCAGAAUCGUGUGCUGGGUUAGACAUGUUUCUACAUAAAACCUUACUCCUUUCCCUUUAUGUAGAGAUUAUGACUAAAUUUCACUCAGCAGUGAAUGAAAAGUCUGGAACAAACUGUAGAGAAAAUUAUUUUAAACUUUCAACAAAUUUGGCCAAUAGAGAAGCUGUAUGAUCUUGAAAUUUUAAGUGCUUUAUAAUUAUUGGAAGUUUUUUAUUUUCCAAUUAAAGUAAAAGGUUCCAACUAGGAAAAGGUCUUGUCAACUAACUGCAGUGAGCUAAAAAGAAGGAACUGCAAUGAUGCACUAUUCACUACCUUCAGAUCCACCUACUUUCAGCUUUUCUUUGCAAGUGCUAGUUAUUACCAUCAUUAAGAAUGAUGUGCUAUUCUAUUUUGUAAAGCCCUUGACAUUUAUUGUAACAUUACCAUGUUACAUGGUUUUUAAUAUCUUUCAUGGUAGAAAAACUGAAGCAGGAAAACUGACAAUGGUUUUACAUCAAAUGUUGGACCAUUGUGUUUGUGGUUAUGGGAGGGUACUUUACAUUUUUAGGUAUGUUAUACCUUAAAAAAUAUAUAUAGAGCCUCUAAACACUGAUAUUUGUUUUUGCAAGCAUGCGCAUGUAGUAUGCUAAAGAAAAUGCCCACCAACUCCAUUUGCAAGCAUAACGUUGGAGCAUGAAUGUAAACAUCAACUUCAUUCAGUAGUGUUUUGAGUUUAGUGUACCAAACAUUUACUUAUCCACACAAACACUGGGAAAACCAAGUUUGGAUUUGCAAAAAAAAAAAUUGCUAGCCUAGGUUAGCCAAUUUCAUACUUUAUGGUACAGUGAGUGUGAUUACCACACUUCAGUAAUUAUUAAAGCAAAAUCAUGAAUUCAAUGAAGGUGUCAUGUAGCAUAAUUUUAUCUCUCUAUUGAUGUAAUUCAUAGAAAUACCAUAAGAAAAUAUUCAUCAGUUAAAAAGCAAAGUAAUAAGGAGUUAUAUUAACCUACAUGAUCUUGGUACACUAGACCAAUUAUUACAAACAGCCACAUAAUAUACAAUAAUAUUGUACUGCACAUCACAAAGUUACUAAAGUGUUAAGAAAAUGUUUCAUUUUUAUAACAAUAACAAGAAUCAAACGACUAAAUUUGCCAAAGGUGUGUGCAAAACUAUUUAAUAGUAUGUCUUUUUAUUAAAGAAGCUGGUUAAUGUACGGCAAAAGAUGAAUGCUGAAAUGCCCAUAUUAUUUUGCUAAAGUUUUAAUUGUAACAAUUUGUUUUUAUUUAUUGUAUCAAUAAAUCAAGUACAUUUGUUUUUAUAUCUUUCGUUUACUUAAUAUAAUAAAAAGUUAAACAUUAACAUAUUUCCUACCACCAAUCACACUAUACACCUUGACAAAGUUAUAUUAAAUAACAUAGUACUACAGCAAUGUUAUUGUAAUUAUUAGUGUAAUUUAAAACUAUUUUAUCCUUGAAAACAAAAAUCGUACCUAGCAUAGGAAUGAAUUUAUAAAAUAUACGUAUGUUCAAUUGCACCAAGCCUAAGGUAUAACCAAACCCAGUAACUAUAAUACUAUAUGUGGAAAAUCUGUAGUGCAUUAUGAAUGAUGUGAAACAAUUUUAUCCCUUCAUAUUUUAACACCACCAAGACCUGGUAAAUCAGUUGAUUGGAUGUAAAGAUCUCUGUUUUUAGCAGUGUGCUUCUGUAUUUCCAUUUAAUCUUCACAAACUUGAAUAUUUAUAUACAAUAUUAAAUUUUCAGAGCUUUAAAACAAGUUUUUGAAACUUCAGGUAAUCAUAAAUUUGUCAAGAUUGUCCAGAAAUCCAUAAAUAAUGGGUUCAAAUGAAGAGUAGAGCAUUGCAUUUAGUACUUUAUUUUAUAACAUUUUAUAAAAUUUCAAUGUUGUGAAGUAAUGUUUAAUUCUUAUUGUACUGAUAAUUAUAAUCCAUACUAUAGCUCCAUUGAAUUUUUAUAAAUUGUUCAGGCUGUGCGAGGAAUCCUAAUGAUUCCCUUUUGUAUUUGAAGCCUUAUUCUGUGACUGUUCAUAUUCACAGACCUUUACAAUACAGCUUCCACACACAACAUUUCUUGGUAUAGUAAACGAUAACAUAACCAAAGAAUGCACACAUGAUGAAUAUACUAACAUAAAUGGAAACAAAAGGCUUGAUUUAAAACAAAUGUUUAUAUUUUUUGAAAUAGUUUUUCUCAGGUAAAUAUAUAAAAUGUGUAAAAGAAAAAAAAAAUCUCACAAGCACCCACCCAAGAUUAUGGCUGUGUGUGAAGGAUAAUGAAAAAGUUUGAAGCUAUUCAUUUUUUAAAUAUAUAUAUUUAUUAGAACUUGCUUACACAUGACAAGGCAUUCAUCAUCAUCAUAUUUUAUGUGACUUCCUUUUACAAUUUUAUAUGUACGAGUUCUUUACUUAUUAAUGUCUUGUGCUUCCUUUCUGAAUCUUAUCUGGUCUUGAUCUAAUCUUCAUCAGCAUACCUUUUCCAUGGUUUCCAGUGCCUCCCCACUGGUCUUCAUUCCCCAUAUUCCACUUUUGACUAACUGUUCCUCUUUCUCCUCUUGGUAUAUCCAAACCAUCUGAAUUUAGGGAGUCUAUCAAUUUAUCAGCAAUUGGACAUCACAUCUCUAUUGAAGCACAUUUAAAAUUUCACUGUACAUUUAUCCUCUUAUGAUUUUUCCUAAUCAAAAUGUUUGCCAUUACAGGUCUUAUGCACAUUACAAUUUGCUCUUUAAUAAUGGGAUGCCAACAUUAACCAAACACUCUGCUUUAUCCACGGUACUGCUGCUCUUUCUUAAUCUCAAUUUUCACUUCACAAUCUAUUCCAUUUUUACUUAGCCAUCUUGAGUUUCUAAUGACAACAUUGUUGCAAGUUUUUAGUUUGGCCCAUCCCAUACUUGCAUGGCCAGUUUCCCAACUGUACUGUUUCCUUAGCUUCCUUUCUCGUUCACUGUAACCUUUGUUUUCGUGCAAGUACAGUCCUUUCCUUUCCAUUCAAUCUGCAAAUAUUUCUGUGACCUCUUCCUUGGACUUUGCUGUCUGCCAGACCAUAUGCUUUCCUUUUUCACCUUAUCCAUUGCUGCAAUGAAGGAUUCGUGCUGGUACUCGACAGGUACCAAAUUUAUUUCAAUGUCUCUGAAGUUUUUCUCAAUAUCCCCAAUUACAUGAUGGUAUAACCUUAUAUGCAGUAUGCAGUGUAAUACUUUUGUAGUUGAUCCUUUUUUCACAGCUUGCCUGGCUUAAACAUUGUUUUGGCGGGUAUCUGAAGCUUUGACUUCUCAUUUAUUUUCUCAUCAUGACUUAACAUGGGUUUCUGGUUUUUGAUUUGUCCAAUUCUUAACUGUCAGGCUCUUUACUUAUAUGUAUGGUGUGACAAGUAUAGAAUGAUGUAUGUCAGGAUAUACUAUGUUAAAGAACUGGCACCAACAGGGUUAAAACGGCAGCAAAGAAAAUUGGAAACUUGAUGUGGUUUGUUCAUCAUUUGGAAGGAAAUAUGGAUAGAGAAGGAGCAGAUUUUGUAAACACCUACACUUCUACAAGGGCUGUCCUGCUAAUUGCUCACUGAUAAUCAAAGACUUUACCUCUUCCUUGGCCUGAAAGAUAAGUUUUUAAGAAACGUACCCUAAUUUCUGAGGAAAAAUGUUUUUCUAGUUUUGAAAUCUAGGAGACUAAAAUAGAUUAAAUUUUAUUUUCAUGACAUCUUUAUUAAGGUGAAAGCAGUUACUUUAUCUAACUGAUAUAGCUCUCAAGUAACAGCACCAAAGGCUAAAAAUAUCUAAUGUUAUCCAGAGUUUAUGACAUUCACAGACAAUUUCUUUGUUGCCCAGCUUGGAAGUUAUUUACAAUACUGUAUACUUUCAGUCUUGGAGCUUAACUGCAAAAAUUAUAUUGUGGCAGGUUUACUUUCUACUGUCUAGUGUCAAAGCAAGUCUAAAUAAAUUUUUUUAACUAUUUACUUAAGGAUAUACAAAACUCUUCAUAUCUGAAUGGCAGUUUUGAAAUUAAAAAUGACAAUUAGUGUAAAAAAGAAUAUGCUCUUAAAUCAAGUGCACAUGAGAAAUGUAAUGAAAUAUUAACUGGUUUGGAUAGGGAAUUUACACUAGUUAUGAAAUUACACUGCUAGCAGUGAAGUGGAGAUGUUUGAUACAUAUUACUUAUAUAUUUCAACUUUUAUCUUUAUAUUUAUUUUAUAUUUAUGUACUACAAUAAUAAAAACUAACCAAAUGUUCAAAGACAAGUUUCACAUUUUUAAUUUUCAAUGAUUUGAAAGUAGUUACUGUGCCAUGCUGUAUAAAACAUUUCAUUACUGUUUAUAAAUUGAGUUUUGAGGAUGAUGAGAAUCCAAGAUGUGUAUUUGUUUGGUUGCAAGCCCUGAUACUAUACAAUAUUACUUUUUAGAAUUUUUUAAUGAAAAUUUUGCCAUUGUCUACAUGCAUUAAACAGCAGUCAAAACUAAUAAUUAAAAAUAAGAAGGUUGUGAGUUUACUGCCUGGUUAAAAUGAAAAUAAAAUGUUUCCUCAUUACAUGAAAAAUCGUCCUUACAUGCAAACAAGAAAGAAACUGUAACAUAACCAUAUGUUGGAAAACUGACCCAGAAAAUAAAAUUGGUGGUAUGAAGUGUUCAUAUUUAUAAGGUGGCAUUUACUUUAAUAUUUUAUCCUGUAAGAGUAGUUAUGAAAAGUAGUCUUUUGUUAAUAUUUUACUGCAUGCCACACAAAUUAGUUAAAAAUGACGAAAUAUCACUUCAUUGUGCCUCGGUUUGUACCUUAAUUUAACUUAAACUAAGCCAAAGACUUUUACACUGCCAAUACAUUUAUCCAAUAUGUUGGAAAAUAAAACUGAACUGCAGAAACAGGUUAGGACGGUGAUUAUAUGGACAGUAUUUUCAUUAACCAUCUGACAACAGUUGUUAAAUUUUGAAUAACAAAACUAUACCGAAUGUACAGAGAGUUGCUUUUUUAAACAAUUUGUAUGUUUUGUAAAUUUACUGCUUGGUCAGGGCCAUCACAGAAAUUGCUCAUACUUUUGUAAUAAAAUGAAAUGCCAAA